AUGCUUUUGAUUGUGAUCUUCUUUGAUCGACUUUCAAAUGAAGUUCCGUAUUUUAAACAGAAGAAAGAUGCUCUUGGAAGACCCGGUCUCUCGGCACUUCAGAAGUAUACGGCAGCAAUUCGUCUAUUGGCAUAUGGCACUGCACUUGAUGCGGUUGACGAAUACCUCCGGCUUGGUGCAACAACUGCUCGAUUAUGUUUGGAACAUUUUGUCCAAGGAAUAAUAAAUCUCUUUGGAAAUGAGUAUCUUAGACGUCCCACACCGGAGGAUCUUCAACGACUACUUCAUGUUGGAGAGUAUCGGGGAUUUCCCGGGAUGAUAGGAAGCAUCGAUUAUAUGCACUGGGAGUGGAAGAACUGUCCGACUGCUUGGAGCGGACAGUAUACACGGGGUUCUGGAAAACCAACUAUCGUGUUAGAGGCGGUGGCUUCAUAUGAUCUAUGGAUAUGGCAUGCGUUUUUUGGCGCGCCAGGUACAUUAAACGAUAUCAAUGUUCUUGAUCGCUCACCCGUUUUUGAUGAUAUAAUACAAGGUCGUGCUCCGCAAGUGAAUUUCUCUAUCAACGGAAACGAGUACAAUUUGGCUUACUAUCUAACAGAUGGUAUUUAUCCUAAGUGGGCUACGUUUAUUCAAUCCAUUACACUUCCCCAAGGUGCCAAAGCAAAAUUGUUUGCUGAACGUCAAGAAUCUGUCCGAAAAGACGUCGAGCGUGUUUUUGGAGUUUUGCAAGCUCGGCUCUUUCUUGGGAUAAAGGAAAAAUAG